CCCAUUGCGUAUUGGUACUUAUCGGGUAUAAAAUAAAUCUGCUUCUCUUUGUUCCUGCGAACAGAACGGAAUUGUUCCAUUAUUACUAUCACCUGCGGCACGUAAUAAAUGUGAACCCUUGCACCGAGAUAAUCACUGAAUGAGGUCCAUAGCAUAGUCUUUUCCAAUGUGACAAAGUUACAUAGUGUCUAUUUUUCUUUGAUGAAGGGGUAUUUCCAUGGGUUUGCCUUGGUAUCGUGUUCAUACUGUCGUAUUGAAUGAUCCUGGUCGCUUGCUUUCUGUCCAUAUAAUGCAUACAGCUCUAGUUUCUGGUUGGGCCGGUUCUAUGGCUCUAUACGAAUUAGCUGUUUUUGAUCCCUCUGAUCCCGUUCUUGAUCCAAUGUGGCGACAAGGUAUGUUCGUUAUACCCUUCAUGACUCGUUUAGGAAUAACCAAUUCAUGGGGCGGUUGGAGUAUUACAGGAGGAACUGUAACCAAUCCGGGUAUUUGGAGUUACGAAGGUGUUGCCGGGGCACACAUUGUGUUUUCUGGCUUGUGCUUCUUGGCAGCUAUCUGGCAUUGGGUGUAUUGGGAUCUAGAAAUAUUCUGUGAUGAACGUACGGGAAAACCCUCUUUGGAUUUGCCCAAGAUCUUUGGAAUUCAUUUAUUUUUAUCUGGGGUGGCUUGCUUUGGGUUUGGUGCAUUUCAUGUAACAGGUUUGUAUGGCCCUGGAAUAUGGGUGUCUGAUCCUUAUGGGCUAACCGGAAAAGUGCAACCUGUAAGUCCUUCAUGGGGCGCGGAGGGUUUUGAUCCUUUUGUUCCGGGGGGGAUAGCUUCUCAUCAUAUUGCAGCGGGCACCUUGGGAAUAUUAGCGGGUCUAUUCCAUCUUAGUGUUCGCCCGCCCCAACGUCUAUACAAAGCAUUACGUAUGGGCAAUAUUGAAACUGUGCUUUCCAGUAGUAUCGCUGCUGUGUUUUUUGCAGCUUUCGUUGUUGCUGGAACUAUGUGGUAUGGUUCAGCGACUACUCCGAUCGAAUUAUUUGGUCCUACUCGUUAUCAGUGGGAUCAGGGAUAUUUCCAGCAAGAAAUAUAUCGAAGAGUUAACGCCGGGCUAGCUGAAAAUCUGAGUUUAUCGGAAUCUUGGUCUAAAAUUCCCGAUAAACUAGCUUUUUAUGAUUAUAUCGGUAAUAAUCCGGCGAAAGGAGGAUUGUUCAGAGCCGGCUCAAUGGACAACGGGGAUGGAAUAGCUGUUGGGUGGUUAGGACACCCUGUCUUUAGAGAUAAAGAGGGGCAUGAACUUUUUGUACGUCGUAUGCCUACCUUCUUUGAAACAUUUCCGGUAGUUUUGGUAGAUGGAGACGGAAUUGUGAGAGCCGAUGUUCCUUUUAGAAGGGCAGAAUCCAAGUAUAGUGUCGAACAAGUGGGUGUAACUGUUGAGUUCUAUGGUGGUGAACUCGAUGGAGUCAGUUAUAAUGAUCCUGCUACUGUGAAAAAAUAUGCUAGACGUGCCCAAUUGGGUGAAAUUUUUGAAUUGGAUCGCGCUACUUUGAAAUCCGAUGGUGUUUUUCGUAGUAGUCCAAGGGGUUGGUUCACUUUUGGACAUGCUUCGUUUGCUUUGCUUUUCUUUUUCGGCCACAUUUGGCAUGGUGCUAGAACCUUGUUCAGAGAUGUUUUUGCUGGUAUCGACCCAGAUUUAGAUGCUCAAGUGGAAUUUGGAACCUUCCAAAAACUGGGGGAUCCAACUACAAGGAGACAAGUAGUCUGAUACAACAUUUCUUUCAUAUGUCUAGCCUAUGUUUCAUAUAGGGUACUGGAGAAAUAUUAAUUCGAAUCAUCACCUAUUACUCUUGACCUUUACUUGUCUGGGAAAUGAUCCCAAAUGAACAGGUAUGGAAGCUAUAAUUGUAAAACACGAUCGAAUCUAUGGAAGCAUUGGUUUAUACAUUCCUGUUGGUCUCGACUCUGGGGAUAAUAUUUUUUGCUAUCUUUUUUCGAGAACCGCCUAAGGUUCCAAAUAAAAAGAUGAAAUGAUUUUUCAUUAUCUCAAUUGAAAUGAUGACCCUCCGAUGAGGAGGGUCAUCAUUUCAACUAGUCCCCGUGUUCCUCAAAUGGAUCUCUUAGUUGUUGAGAGGGUUGCCCAAAGGCGGUAUAUAAGGCAUACCCCGUAAAGCUUACAAGUAAACCAGAUAUGAAGAUGGCGACUAGAGUUGCAGUUUCCAUUAUUAAGUGAUUUCAAGACCACGAUGGAUCUACGAUAAGAUAGUUUAUUUACAACGGAAUCGUAUACAAAGUCAACAGAUCUCAAACAAUGCACGGAAUAGGAUUUAUGGCUACACAAACCAUUGAGGGUAGUUCCAGAUCUGGGCCAAGACGGACUAUUGUAGGCGAUUUAUUAAAACCAUUGAAUUCGGAAUAUGGUAAAGUAGCCCCUGGAUGGGGAACUACACCCCUUAU